AUGACCGAAGUCGCAGCCUCAACCCCCACCGACGCCCUCGUCGACACCUCUCCAAUCGUCCCACCAUCAGCACCACACCCACAAUUCGAACGUCGUCUCUCCCUCCGUCCGGAAGCCCGAUCCCUCGUCGACCGUAACAUCCUACACUCGGACUCUACCGUCGCUUCAUCCCUCGCAGCUCACAAAGAUGAACUCAAACACGCCAUGAUAGCCGACCACCUCAAACGUGGUCUCGCUUCCCGUCCCGAACGUAAGGAGCUAGAGGAACGUGGUAUCCUACCGGAUGAACAUGUUUCCCCCGCGAUCUUGGGGAAGACGAAGGAGUUGGAGAAGAAUAUGUUGACGGAUAGUUUGAAUACUAAACUUACUCAGAGACCGAGAGUGGAGGAGGUUAUGGAAAAGGGGAUUUUGAGUGUUGGUAGUUGGGUUAGAUGGAGCUCGUGGAUAGCUCGUGGAGCUUGGAGAGGGAAGAGCGGUGAUAUCAUCGUAAACGUGCAUGCGUACCAGUUAGCUGACUCAACCAUGUGUUGUUCGCCUGCAUCUAGUCGAGGCGGAUCCACGAAGCCCCCAUUAAACGGUCAUAACCCGCUACAUUAUCCUACUAUGGAAAUCUCAAAGCGAAGGCCAGGAAUUUGA